AGCGAGGGGCGGGCGGAAAGGGGCAGCUCCCCCGGCGGGCCCUUCCCCGCCCCCGCCAUGGCGAGCGGGAUGCUGUCAGGCGCGCAGCGGGCGCUGAUCCGGGAGAGCUGGCGGCGGGUGAGCGGCAGCCCGGUGCAGCACGGCCUCGUCCUCUUCUCCAGGUUGUUUGAUCUGGACCCUGAUCUGUUGCCCCUUUUCCAGUACAACUGCAAGCAGUUUGCCAGCCCCCAGGAGUGCCUGUCUGCCCCCGAGUUCCUGGAUCACGUUAGGAAGGUGAUGCUGGUGAUUGAUGCAGCUGUGAGCCACCUGGAGAACUUGCCCUGCCUGGAAGAAUAUCUCUGCAACCUCGGCAAAAAGCACCAGGCAAUCGGCGUGAAGGUUGAGUCUUUCUCGACCGUCGGUGAGUCCUUGCUGUACAUGCUGGAGAAAUGCCUCGGUGCUGCCUUCAGCCCGGACGUGCGGGAGGCUUGGACCAAACUCUACGGUGCUGUGGUGAAAGCCAUGCGGCGUGGCUGGGAGCCCCUGCCGGAGGGAGACUAGCCCAGCCAGCCUUCCCCACUGCUGCCCUCACAGCAGCCCUGCGCAGGGCAGGCACUCACCCUCUCUCUGCCUCUCUCUGUCUUUCUCUGUGCACCAGCCCGUCUCCAUCUCCUCCAGCCAUGCGUGCUUCAGGUCGCUCUCGGUAAUCCUGCCUUGCUUUGACACGACCACAUCUCUGCCUUUGCUGAUGGCCAGUGGGGUAUUUCUCCGCAGUGAAGUGUGGGAGCGACGUGGCACAGGUCCUCUGCCCUGCCCCAGGUUCCUCAGGGCCAGCUGGAGCACAAGCACCGGUGUCUGUGCUCUGGUCUUCAGCUGGCUCCCCUCCCCUCCUCUCGCUGCCUACCCUAGUGAAAUGACAGCUGGAGGUGUCCUCAGAGGCUCAUUUGCCUGAGAUCCUCUUUGCUGUGCUCGAGACCUGCUGAGGCUGUCACCGCUUGCUUCUCAUGCAUGGCUGUGCCUGGCUCAGCUGUGCAGGUGGCGGCAGGCUCGGCUCACUGCAGGGGCAGGGGUGGCUGUGGCCGUGUUGGGCAGCAGAGGCAGGAGCUGGCCAUGCAGUUCUGCCAUCCUUCCCAGUCCCCGCAGUGAGCUUUUACCCACUCUCCUCACCCAGGUGUUGCUCCUGGGUCCAUCUUGGUGCUCUCCCCCUGGGUGGCACCCAGGGUCUUUCCCUGUGUAAGGUUGGUCACAGCUUACUGCAUUUCCUAGGGGUGUUUCAAGCAGUGGGGUCACGUUAAUGCCAAGGUAGGGCUGCUCUUAGCAGGUGUGGGCUGCUCUCGGGAAGGAUUUCUGUCAGCAAGGCUGGUUGGUUUAACCUGAGAGCCCACUGAAAUGCAGCAGCAGUGGUGGCUAUUUAAUGCUUUGUAUUGAGGAGAAUAAAGUAAAUACAAGAAAUGAUGUCUUAGAAUAAAAA